UCAUAAAAGUGCAUACAUGCAUACAUCACGUUACAUUUUGCACUUGCUCAUAUAAAGCUGUAAUCACUUGUAAUCACUGAUAUAAAAGAUAUGACGCAACAAUGUGGUGUGAUUUAGUUUUAUAUGUUACCUUUGAGUUGUUAUAAAAAGAAGCUUUGCAAGUAAUAUCGGUGUCACAUUUCCUGCUUUGAUAUAUAAGAGAAAGUUAGAAAAAAUUUUAAAAGAUGUGUGCAGAAAAUGUAAUUACGACAGAUUGUCAUUUACGCACAUUAUGUACUAACAAGAACGAUUGCGAAAGUGUCUCAGGCUGGAUUAACAUUCAUAAGAUCUGUCUAAUUCCGAUAAAUAAUUCAAAUAAACAAAUAUGUCGUCAGUCGUAUUUCGCAAAAUAUCACGAUCAUUGUCCGAUAACCGUAUCAGUUGUGAUUUCCGACAUCUUAUGACCUUUAUCGUCAUUGUGCAACUUGCGCGUGUUUCGUUUAUUUUAAUUGUUCAACAAAGUGACGUAAAACAGCGCAACAGACUCGAUACACGCAUGUAAUAGGUAUUCCACGCUGUCUAGGUGCGUGAAAAAAUUAUUUUUAACAUAACUUGGUAGUAUAAUUAAUAUCUUAGUUGCAGCUACUCUAUCAAAAAAUAGAACUUGAUAAUAACUUUAUUUUAAUUCACAAAUAAUGAAAUAUAUUAGUUUCAAUUCUUAUAGUAUUUCAGUUUUUGAAUGUGUUUCAUACAUACUCACUUUUUUUUUUUUUUAGUACAGAAAUAAGCAACUAAAAUAAGAGCAAUUUCCGCUUAACCUAGAUUAGAAUGAUAAGUCAUUAAUGAAAAUCAAACAUGCUUGUAAUUUUUAAGUUGAAACUUUUUGAAAUAAAACUUACGUAAAAAUUUAAAUUUGCUAUAUGUUAAUUAAAUAGACCAGUACACAUAUUUGUAUACAGAUUAGUGUGAUACUUUUAACGAUAGUGUUAUGUUUGCUCAAAGUUUAAAAUGUUAAAAUCAUUUUUUGAGUUUGAUGACAACAGUUAUCUCAUGUUCAUUUUACUUCGAUAUUUUAGAACAAUAUUCUUUUUUCACAGAAAAAAUUCUUUGUUCUCUCAGAAUUUUACAAAAUUACUUUUAUAUUUCACAGACACAGGUGAACAAUAAAGGGACAUAAGUGAUAAACAAUAUCCUAUUAUUUUACCCUAAUUAAUGGAAUUUCAAGAAAGUAGAGUGACUCAGACUAUCACUAUCACUGUCUACUCGUAAACACGAUAAUAUUAUCAAACGAAUUGACCUCUCAAGUGACCCGUACUGGCCUAAAGUACAUCACGUUUUCGCAUGAAGUCACGUUUAAAUCACGUUUUUGUGACCGAUAGACUUGAAAAAACUUUUCUUGUUUGAGCAUGCCCCGAUAUGCAGGGUCACUACAUUGACCUCAAGAGUGGAGAAACGAAGAUAAAUGGAGACUACCCGAUCCUGAAAUCUUUUCUGGCCGGUUCGUUCUCUGGAACAUUCUCCACGAUUCUCUUUCAACCUUUGGAUCUAGUGAAGACCAGACUUCAGAGCAGAGUUAACGCCCCGAUCGGAUCGAAGAAUGGAAUGCUGAGCACGUUUGCGCACAUCGUUCAGAAGGAGAAUGUUUUCGGACUCUGGAGAGGCAUGACGCCGUCGAUAACGAGAGUGAUUCCCGGUGUUGGUUUAUACUUUUCAUCGCUUCAUUGGCUGAAACAUACUUUCGCUUUGGAAGAACCUUUGACGGCUCUACAAGCGAUUUCCUUAGGUAUUACCGCGCGAUCGAUGUCCGGUGCUCUGCUGAUUCCCAUUACUGUCGUGAAGACACGAUUCGAGAGUGGCGUUUACAGAUACAACAGCAUUAGCGAAGCUCUUGUGUUAAUCUACAAGCAAGAGGGGUUGAGGGGUUUAUCUAGCGGUCUGGUACCUACUCUUUUGAGAGACGCGCCGUACAGCGGCUUGUAUCUCAUGUUUUACACUCAACUGAAGAACAUAGCUGCCAAUACAGGAGCGACGAACGAUUCGCCGGUAUCGAUUAACUUCGGUUGCGGAAUUCUCGCCGGCGUUUUAGCUUCCAUAGUCACUCAACCACCAGAUGUUAUCAAGACAAAAAUGCAGCUCUAUCCUAACGAAUUCACGGAUAUUUACAACGUGACGUUCUUUGUUUACAAAAAAUACGGCAUUUUAGGAUAUUUCAAGGGUAUUGUUCCGAGGAUGCUGAGGAGGACUCUGAUGACUACCAUGGCUUGGACUGUGUAUGAACAGGUAACAAGGCAAAUUGGCCUGAAGUGAAGAGAUGCUACUAUGUAUAAAAUUAUUUUCUAUGCGAAAAUUUCCCGUGUACAGUAUUAUGGCACAAGUGCCUUAUAUGUAUGUAUUAUAACCUCGCACAUAUUUAUUUUAUAUUAAAUUAUAUAUUUUUUGAAAAAUAUGACACACUAUAUACGUGUAUGUGUUUACUCUGUAUAAGAGAUAUCUAAUAUCCUUAAUAAUUCUUCCGUUUGCACAUCCUCUUUUACAUUUAAAAAUCUCGCGUUCUCUUCGGCGCGUUUUACCUUAACAACAUAUAAUAUGUCAUAUAAAUAAAAUUGACUUGUAUGAAAUUUUCGUUCUGGAAUUUGAAAAUUAAAAAAAGCCAAUUUAUUCGAUUUCGUAUCGAUUUCAAAUUUUUUGUGCAUUAAAAACAUUAAAUUUAUCGUGUAAACACACAUCGCAUCAAUCAAACUAGAAAAAGAACAAAUAGAAAAAGAUAUUUGCGUGUCACCGUUGUUUAUUAAUUUCAAGUAACAAUCUUAAGUAUGAUAUAAUAUAAUAGACAAUUUACCUUGCUGAUAUUGCUGUUAAUUCCCAGCGAACUCUAUAUUACACUGGAAUGCUUACUCUAAUGACAAGUGUGAGAAAAAAAAAAGCUAAAAUAAAUUUACUGGAGAGAGAGAAGAAGAUACUCCACUACCAUGAGAGACAUCAAUUUUUUUUUCUCUCAAUUGCAACCGGAUUUUAAAAAAAACCAUUAGGGUGACCAUUCCAGUAUAAUAUAACAGAGUUUGCUGUGAGAUAUAGGCAAUUUACCUUGCUCAAUUGCUUUGUUAAAUCUAUGGAUGGCCUAAAAUAACAAUUGUUCGAAUAUAAUUUAUACGUUUCUUGGUGUCUAUUCCUGUUCUCGAUCUCCCGCAAUGAAAAUUUUUUCUUGUCUAUUGUCUCUCUCUCUCUCCGUCUCUGUCUCUCUCUUUUUCUUUCUAUCUUUCUUAUCACGGUUAAGAUUAUACAAAAUCUUUACCUUAGUAAUAUGUUAAACGUCGACUUGUACACUUUCCCCACGCAAUUUUCGUCUCUUCUCUUCUAUCUUCUCUUCUUUCUGAAAAUAGACAAUCAUAAGUUUAGUAAAAAUUGUUAAUCGGCAGUCGCAACUUAAUGUACUAAUCAAACAUUGUUCAAUCGUAGUUUUUAUUUACAAAAAGUCCUAUUCCUCUGUGAAGUGUGUGUUUGUUUAAUAAGCGCACUUUUUUUUUUUUUUUUCAUUAGAGGUUAUAUAUAUAAAUUAAAUCCUCACAUCAAAACUAUCGAAAAAGCAAGUGAUGCACAAAUCAUCGGGCUAAUUUUUUUAUCGUCAACUGGGAGAACAACUUGCGUCACAUUUGUAAAAUAAUAUUUAAAUAAUUAUUACAAAUGUUAAGGCUCUUUAUAAAAAAUUUAUGACUUUUACAUAUCAUAAGUAGCACACACAAAUUACCUACAUAUGACUGUUCUAACAUUUGUUUUUCUUACUGACACAAUGGCACUUUCGCAUAAAAUAUAAUAUAAUAAAAACAAUGAGAGGCAUACUAAUAUCAGUCCCUCUUGUCCCUCUUGAAAAUGCAACGUCCUUGUUUUUUUUUCUCUGUUAUUCGAUUUCUUCGAAUGAGUGUACACAAAAAAACACGAUCACACUAGCGAUUUUUUUUUCAGAAUCCUCAUGUUUUUUUUUAAUAAAAAUCUUCGUAUAUGUCACGAGAUUCUUCGUGGCUGAGCCAAGGAUCCAGGAAAGAAAAUGAAAGCGCAAAGGGAAAGUUCUCCUGGCAAAAGGACAUGUGUUGAUAUUAUCAUUCCGGUAUAAAUACCUCGUCAUUUGCGUGGCAGAAGCUAGAGGUUCGUAUAGUCACAGUCACACGUUUGCAGGGCGCAUUCGUAGUUUGCGCACUCGUGCAUUUGCAGUCGUGGACGAAGCUCUAUGAAGCGGGCACUGAGAGUUGUGUCCCUUCCACACUAUAUCGUUAAAAUCUCUUUCUCUCUCUCUUUCUCUCUUAUCGUACACGCGAACGAGAUUAUCCGCUCUUUUUAACGGACCUACGAAGACAGUCCUUUUUGUCCGAGAAACAGAGAGAAGUAAGUCCAAAAUCACAAGCUUUGUCGUAAGUUCCAAGUUCGUUUUUUUUUUACGUGUACUAAAACAAAAUAAAUUCCCGCGCGUGAAAUAAAUUCCAAAUUUUCACAUUAAUUAAAAAAAAUAAACAUUGUAAAACUACAUUACAAUCAAAAGAAACGUCGUAUUGUUAUGGAAACAAAUUAUUUUAUUUAAAACAGAGAACAUGGGAAAGAUGUG